AUGCCGCCGCCGGCCUCCGCAGCAGCCAUGAAUGCGGCAUCGCGCAUGAACCGCCGCGUCUCGCGCAUUGAUCACAAAACCGCAGAAAAACUCUUUCCAAGGGAGCAGCGACUGCAGUGGCCGGACGGCUAUUUGCCCGCCAGCGGCGUCGCCCACCUCCUUCGCCCGAACGGCGUUCCCUUUCAGGAAGUUUUGGAGUGCUACGCGGACAUCAAGCAGGAUCAACAGCACGAAUUGCAGCGCGACUUUGCGGCCGACUACACGCUGUGGCACCGCUGCGCACUGGAGCAGUUUGUGCGCAGCCUCGGUGUCCACCGCCGUCGCCGCUUUACCCGCCUCACCGCGCGCGACCGCCUCGUGCACGACGGCGACGUCCGCGAUGUUUUCCAGCUGCCUCCGUACGCGCCACCCGCACCGAUGCGACUUCCCGGCGACCUGCAUCGACGUGGAGCUGCUGAUCGUCCGCAGCAGCAACAGGUACCAGCGUCUUUAUCGUCAAAACAAGAAACGGGGAAGACGGCAUCGUCCCAGCAGCAAUGGCAGCAGCCUCCGAAGUACUACGAAUUUCAGCCCUAUGCCGCGACACAGGAGUACGCCAUGCUCCCCGUCCGCAGCGUCCACUCUCCGCAGCAGCGGGUGCAGUUUACCACCUUCCCGCAGCUGCGAAAUGUGCUGCACACCGACUUCGAUUCCAUGUCGGCCAUGCGCGCGCUGAGCCUGUACAGCGACGACUCCAUCGUGUUCACGCGCGAGCUGGUGCAGACGAUCGCCCUGUACCUCCUGCGCCGACUGGACGAGAUCGCACAGGCGGAGUCGUCGUUCCUCGCGUCUGCGUCCACGGCCUCGGACGUGACGUCAUCGCUGUCGCCUCUCGGGCGUCCCACCUUUGCGGCCGAAACGCCGGUGGUCGCCUUCUUCGGGAACGGGCGGCUGGCGUGGAUGCUGAACGAGAGCGGGCUGUUGCCGCAGUCGGUGCGUGCGGUGCAGCUGCCACGCCACGCAGCUGAGCGGCAACGUCGGCAGACGCACCUGCUACAGAGGCAGAAGAGCUUGGGGGACAGCUUCGGCUUCCACAGCGCUUUCUCAGCCAUUUUCCCGUGCGAGACGCUCUCGGUCGGCGACGCGCUGCGCAAGUACAGGCCGGCCAUCGCGCUCGUCGAGCCGCACGUCGACCGCGACUACCUCUCCGACCUGCGCGGGUUCUUUAGUGUGCGGGAGGUGCUCUGCUGCGGCCCGAUCGACUCCCCCGCGAUGGGCAGCUUCGCCUUUCCGUUUCUCAGCUUCGGCGUCACGCCCGGCCCGACGACGUACUGGGCCUACAACGACAACCUGCACAAGGUGACCGCCGCGGCGCGGAUACAAAUGCCGAUGGACGCGCCGUUUGUGUCGCAGGGCUACGAGCGGUGCUACGUGGACGACGUCUCGGCCUACCUGAUCUCCCCCAACGACUGUCCGGCUCUCACGCAUCAGUACCGCUGCUUGGCAUUUCGCCGCGUGCGCCCGCCGGUGUUGCAGGCGGUGACCUCCGCACAGCAGCAGCGCGUAGCACCGGAGCCACGCACGGCGCCGUCGUCUUCCUCCUCCGCAUCCGCCGUGGCAGAGACCGGAUUCCCGCACACACCGACAGCAACAGCAGCGUGA